CGCCACUUGGAACCCGGCGGCUUUCUCGGGAGGCCAUUGGCUGCGCGGGGCUGAUUAGAAUUCGAAGCCUAAGAGGGGUACUACCGGCUGUUUGGAACCGUUGUAUGGCGACAGGAAAAAAUUAGACUUUGGCAACCUGCCACAAGCGAGCGCCCCGCGCCAGCGCCGUUUCGUGUAAAGCUAGUCGAACUCAACACCAAGUUACGAGGCUCGUGGCCAACAGCACCCGCUACAGCCCUCUGCCUAAAGCACGGGAGGCGGCACGCUUUUCGCUCUGUCAGAGGGCCUUGGGGAAACUGUGCCCGAUGGGGCUCUGGCGCGCAUCAUUGAGUUCCGUCCGCCGGUCGAUGGCUUCGUUUUCGUUACACACGUUUGGCCGUCGUCCGGUUGGUGAUCUUGGUGAGUAUGUGGCGCGAGCUCUCCCCCGAGCCUCCCGUGCCGCUCGCGCGUAUCCGUUUGGGGGGGGGGGGGGGCAAAGGGGACCGCAAUCAGGAAUAACGGAGGAUCCUGUAAGUCCAAGGAGCUCCAAACAAAGGCGGACAAGCAACAGGAUGAACGGCCUGGAACUCGGCGAUGGGCUCAUGUUCAGCUUGGGAGGGUAUCGGAAGGUGCCGGGACAUGGAUAGGGCGGCCCGCUGGGUUUUAGGCAGGUCCUCUGCCUCCUCAGCUGCCGUGGGCAGAACCCUGAGCUUGGCAUGUCUCCUCGAAAAGGGUCCGUUCCCGUGGUCAAGGUUUUUGGCACCCCGUAUCGCGGCAGGCCGGAUUCGAUCCGCCGGCGUACGCGCCCAUCUCCGGGUCAGUGCUCUGCGAGAAGAGCUUGAACUGUUCCGGACAGCUGAAAAGUUAGCGACCUUUGGCUUCCCGCACCUCGAUGGGGUCAAGCUUAUGACAGGAGAGGGGGGGCAAUGGAAGGACUAGACGGCUGGCGGCCGAGGUGCCGGUUCUCUGGGAGUUGAUGAGUAUAUCUAUGAGCUUUCCCGACCCUUGGCCCGACGUGCCCAUUGCUCAUAACGUUGUGUUGAGCGCUUCCCCCCCCUCCCCUAUCCGACCGACGCAAGUCCAAUCAUAUCCAGCCGUGAGCUCUCCGGCAGCAAGUAUCAACACCGCAAACUCAACGAUCAAGAUGGGCGAGAAGAAGACUAGGACCCUCCUGGACCGCAAGAACCGGUUCAACAAGGAUGGACGAGACCACGUGAUGCCGAGUGCCUACAGGAACCUCGCCGUUGUCAUCAUCGGCGAGUUCUGCGGCACCUUCAUGUUCCUCUUGCUGUCCUUCAUUGGCACGCAGGCGGCCGUGAACAACAACGACCCGAGCAACCCUGAUGCGGUGCUGGCGCCGUUCAGCCUCAUGUACAUUGCCGCUUCCUUCGGCGCCGCCAUCACCGUCAAUGUCUGGAUCUUCUACCGUGUCACCGGCGGCAUGUUCAACCCUGCUGUCACUCUGGGUCUCGUCCUCGUUGGUGCCGUCAAGCCCCUCCGCGGCCUCCUCAUCUUCCCCACGCAGAUUGUGGCCGGCAUCGCCGCCGCGGCCGUCACGGACGCGCUGCUGCCGGGCCCGCUGGGCGUCGCCAACAAGCUCAACAACAACACGAGCAUCUCGAGGGGUCUCUUCAUCGAGAUGUUCCUAACGGCGCAGCUGGUGCUCACCGUCUACUUCCUCGCCGUGGAGAAGCACCGCUCGACGUACCUGGCGCCCAUCGGCAUCGGCAUCGCCAUCUUCAUCGCCCACAUCUGCGGCACCAACUUCACCGGCACCGGCAUCAACCCGGCCCGCUCCUUCGGCCCGGCCGUCGUCACCAGCUUCACCGGCUACCAGUGGAUCUACUGGCUGGGACCCUUCUUGGGUGCGCUGCUCGCCUUUGUCCUCUAUACGCUGCUCAAGUGGCUCGACUACCGCACCGCCAACCCGGGGCAGGACGACACGGGCGACUUGGAGCAGGGCGGGCACCAGCAUCACCACGUGAACGGCGCCGAGGAGAAGCGACACACCAUCAACAGCGACGUUGGCACCUCGAGCGACCAGUACACGCUCAACAACCCGCACUCGCCCCCCAACACGGCACGCGACAGCUCUGCCCUCGGCGACGGAAUCCACGGGCCCAUGAGUCCCGCUCUGCCUGUGAGCCCGACGCACGCGACUCACGGCGAGCUGCGCUCGACCGCCCAGGUGUAAAGCAGUGUCGGUUGUCUGUCGGAGUGGCAGUCGUGCCCUCCCAAGGACAAAGCCGCAGAACUUCAACGGCGGAUUGACGAACAUCCAGACGCUUGUCGUCUUGGGUUGACUAACUACAGAUGGGGUUGGAUUAGAGUCGGCAUAGCCUGCCUUAUCGUAUGCAGAAAAGCGGCGUGUGACUCCCCCAGAUGGAACAGGCAUUCGGGUUGCCCCCCAAAACACCAAGUAAUUAUAGCAUGUAUAGGAUAGGAUAGGAUACUACCUUAAAACCUCCUUAAUGAACAGUAAUGUUGCCUCCG